AUGCCCGUCCUGCUGCCCCCCGGGGCCCUCCCGGCUGCGUACCGCGUCCUCUGUAUGAGAUGCGUGCGCCGUAUUGGGACACCCGACGAUGCUCCCAUGGAGCACGAGUGCGUUUGGAGCGAGAAAAGCUCCAAGUGCGCCUACUGCGUGAAGCAGAAGGCACCAUGUGUGCCGAUUCUCUGGUUCCUCGAGGAGGAAUAUGCCGCCAUCGUCGCCGCCGAAGCGGCCACCCCUCCCGUCCCGGCCACCACCCUCAAGACCUACAAGGAGGUCGCGCGCGUGGCCGACCUCUCCAGCGCCGCCAUGCCGGCCCUGCGCUCCCCCUUUGAGGGGGCGCAGUACAUUCAGGGGCUGGCCACCCUCGCUGCCAUCAAGGACCUCACCGCCGCGGUGGAGGGGUUGAAGGAGGAUACGGGGAAGCUCCUCGCGGGGCAGGCCCGCGCCGUCUCCUUGCUGGGGACGGUGGAUAAAACCACCGACAAGGUGGGGAAGGAGGUGAGCUUCGUGGCGACUGCGGUCGCGAAGGUGGAGAAGGCGGUGGGGAAGUUGGCCGGGGCUGUUGCGGUGGCUCCCCGCAAUGGCGGGAAGAGGAAGAGGGGGGAGGAGGAGGAGGGGAAUGGGGAGAACCCGAUUGGGUGA